UGGCGGACAAAGCUCAGCUGCAAGAGUCGAUCAAAGCGCAAGGCGAAGUUGUCAGGAAACUUAAAGAAGCAAAAGCUAGCAAGGACCAGUGCUAACGUUGCUGACCAGUGUUUUCCUGUCUUCCUGCACGGUUCAUCCUGCCAUCUGGUGUGACCAACAACCUUCUCCACCUUCAACCUUGGGGCGCAAUCCGCUGGGACACCAUCAUCUACCUUGUGGAUAUCAACUCAAUAACUUUUUAUGAUUUGAAACUUGCCUUGCUGAAUUGCGUCAUUUUGACACUAAACUGCUACCUUUGCUGACAACAUGAACACAAUUGGGCUGGUUUCUGGGAAACUGUGGACUGGUUUUCUCGGCCCUCGGAUUGGACUCUGUAACAAUGCUCUGUGGGCUGUGUCCUGUUACACAAACACACAGAUUGUAGCGGAAGUGGCAAAGCUGUUGGAACUGAAAGCUCAGCUGGGAACCGAUGAUGGCAAACAAACGUUCGUCCUCAAGACCCCAAAGGGAACCAGGGACUAUAACCCAAAGCAAAUGGCCAUCCGAGAAAGCGUGUUUAACACCAUCAUCAGCUGCUUCAAACGCCAUGGUGCUGAGACCAUUGACACCCCUGUGUUUGAGUUAAAGGAAACCCUAACAGGAAAAUAUGGUGAAGACUCCAAACUGAUUUAUGAUCUGAAGGACCAGGGAGGAGAGCUGCUGUCUUUGCGCUAUGAUUUAACCGUUCCAUUUGCCCGAUACCUAGCUAUGAAUAAAAUCAGCAACAUUAAGAGAUACCACAUUGCGAAGGUGUACAGAAGGGACAACCCAGCCAUGACAAAAGGGCGUUACAGGGAGUUCUAUCAGUGUGAUUUCGAUAUUGCUGGCCAGUAUGAUCCCAUGAUUCCUGAUGCAGAGUGCAUAAAAGUUGUCCAUGAAAUACUGACUCAGCUGCAGCUUGGAGAUUUCCGCAUUAAGGUUAAUGACCGGCGGAUUUUGGAUGGCAUGUUUGCAGUGUGUGGUGUCCCAGAUGACAAGUUCCGGGCCAUUUGCUCAACAGUAGACAAACUAGAUAAGGCCUCUUGGGAGGAGGUGAAGAAUGAGAUGGUUGGAGAGAAGGGCUUGGCUCCUGAGGCUGCAGACAGGAUCGGGGAAUACGUCAGAAUGCACGGUGGUUUUGAUCUGGCAGAAACGCUCCUUCAAGACCCACAGCUGUCCCAAAACAAACACGCACUUGAUGGGCUCACUGACAUGAAGCAUCUCUUCAAAUACCUGGAGCUCUUCAAAGUCACUGAUAAGGUGAUCUUCGACCUGAGCCUGGCCCGUGGCCUUGAUUACUACACUGGGGUGAUCUACGAGGCGGUCCUGACUCAGCCACAGAAUGACCACCCCUCGGAGGAGCUGGUCAGUGUGGGCAGUGUGGCCGGAGGAGGCCGCUAUGACGGGCUGGUCGGAAUGUUUGACCCCAAAGGCAGGAAGGUGCCCUGUGUGGGAGUCAGCGUUGGGAUCGAGAGGGUCUUCUCAAUCCUGGAACAGAAGGCAGAGGCCUCUGAAGAGAAGGUCCGAACCACAGAAACUCAGGUCCUGGUGGCCUCUGCACAGAAGAACCUGCUGGAAGAGCGGUUAAAACUCACAUCUGAGCUGUGGGAUGCUGGGAUAAAAGCAGAGGUCCUGUAUAAGAAGAACCCAAAGCUUCUGAGCCAGUUGCAACACUGUGAAGAGACAGGAAUCCCACUUGUCGCUAUUAUUGGAGAGCAGGAACUGAAGGAGGGGGUUGUCAAGCUCAGAAACGUAGCCACCAGAGAAGAGGUUGAUGUGUCUCGAGUUACUCUGGUGGAAGAAGUCAAGAAGAGAACCAUCCAGUCAUAGACCAUGUGAUCUUCCCCUCCUCUAUCUGCCGUGUCCAACUGCUUUUACCUUCAGCAAUGUCGCAGAACUUAUUUAAAAAUACGAUCACUGCGCUUGCAAUAUUUAAGUUGUGUCAAACAAGGUUUUGCUCUUCCCUGACUUGAAACAAAUGUCAAAGGCCCAAUUCCUGCAUUCCAUCCUUUCACUUGCCAUUGUAAAUGCUUGUGAGUUGUUGUGCUUGUUGUGUUACACAUAAGACAUGUUCAGCACAUAUCAUUUCUAUACAAUUAGCAGUCUCCAGAAAAUGAUGCUUAAUUGCAUAAGGGGUAGAAAGGCAACUUUUUAAUAAUUUAGGACAUGGUUGGAACAAAAACCUGGACUAGAAGUAUUGAGUUUUUCAAAUACAGUACUUUUAUGAUCCUCUGAAGCAGGGAUCUCCAACCCUAAUCCUGGAGAGCCGCAGGUCUUCUAGGUGUCUUUACAUUAUCAAUGGCUAAAGAUCUGGAACACCUGUUAGUCUUAACUAAUUAAGCCAUUAAUUGGUGCAAUUAACUAACAGAGCUUGGUUGAAAUGAAAACCAGAAGAAGCAGUAGCUCUCCAGGACCAGGGUUGGAGACCCCUGUGCUAAAGAACAGUGUCAAACCGCUGAUUUAAUUCAGAACUACAGCAAUUAUAAAUAAACUGGCUGCUUGGGGGCUUUUUAGGAGGAGGGUAAUUAACUUUUUUCUUUCCUGAACGCAUACAGCUGGGGUGGCCAAAGUUGGCCUUUCCAGACCUGGUCUUGUUCAACUCUGUUAUAAAUGUGUUUAAUUGAACUCAUUAAAUUUCCAGUCAGACCCUGAAGUAGUUAAUGAUCUCUCAUUAUACCUGUUCAUCCUGGAGUGGAAUGGCCCUCCAGGACUGACUGGACACUCCUGGCAUACAGGUAUAACAGAACACUGUCUUUCAACUUGCAGACAGGGGAAGUCACACACAAAAUAAUUUGAUGAGCUAAAAAAGAAAUCUGAAAAACCAGCAUAUUGGCUGCCACAGAACCCUAAAAAAAAAUUUCAUUUUAAAAUUGUACAAGAAGGCAGAACACAGAAUAACUACAGUAAGUAUUUUUUGUUUGCAUUUGGGUUUUAAGAGACCUUAUCCUUGGUUAAUUCAAAAAUAAAAUAACAAUUAGUGUCUUGUAUAAGAAGUCCCCAGUAUGGUAUAGCGAAGGCCUGUUUAUUCUGCACGGCCCACCGCAUGCUGAAAUACAAAGCAGCUCAUUACAUAACAGGUGUCCCUAUUGAGUGGUUGUUAGAAGCAGAUCCGACUGUAUUGGGUAUCCACAUUAUUACAAGGUGUGCCACUGUCAAGGUUUUAAAUCCGGAUUGGGUUAAUGAAAGUCAAACAAAUCAUUUCAAAAAGGGUCCUUACAAAUGUUAGCAAUAAUUUAAACUGCUACUGUCUUCCUAUAUAAGUGAAACAACAUGAGCUGGCAAUUCACACAGCUGUAGAAAGACAUGAUGAUACAAUGCAGCCGUGUUAAAUAUCUUGUUUUGUAUUUGUAUUGUCUGCACUUCCUGUCUCUUGCUGUAUGCUUACUUUUAGCUGCAUGUUUUUCAUAAAACGUUUUCCUGAU